AUAAGACUGCCCAUUUCAUGUCAUCCAAUAUUAGUAAAGGCGAUAGGAGUGGAAGUGCUUUGGAUAUAGUAGCUAAUGCUGAUGCUACCAAUGGGUCAGACCAAGAAACAGAAGUCUUGGAUGAAGAACCUCGUAGCAUUUUGAUGGGUGUCAUUGCACAGUUGAGCAAGGGGAUGGACUUGCAUCGAGUGACACUCCCCACUUUUGUAUUGGAGCCAAGAAGUAUGUGUGAGCGCAUAUCCGACUUUUUAGCACAUCAGACUAUCAUUCUCAGCACAUCCAAAAAAGACGAUCCUAUCGAGCGAUUCAUUGACGUGCUAAGUUACUUUUUUUCUGGUUGGCAUAUUCGACCAAAGGGUGUAAAAAAACCAUUUAAUCCAGUUCUUGGCGAGAUAUUUCGUUGCCAUUGGAGCUUUCAAGAUGCCACAGAGUCGUUUUUUGUCUGCGAACAAGUAUUGCAUCAUCCACCUGUAUCGGCAUACUUUUUUUCCAGUCCUGAAAACGAUGUGACCAUCACUGGAGAACUCAAACCUCGUGCUCGCUUUCUAGGAAACUCUGCAGCAACCAUAAUGGAAGGUGGCUCGACCGUCACGUUUCCAUCGCGUCCGGGAGAAUCUUAUGAUAUCACAUCGCCAAACGUAUAUGCUCGUGGUAUACUUUUUGGCACAAUGUACAUUGAGCUUGGUGACACUGCUAUUGUUCGAUGUGCAAAAACAGAUCUGAUUUGUAACAUCGAGUUUAAAACCAAGGGAUACUUUGGAGGAUGUGAGAGAAAUGCCAUAGCUGGAAAAAUCAAACGGGAGAGUACUGGGGAAAUACUCUAUAAGGUAUCUGGCUGCUGGUCAGAGCAAAUAUGGCUGCAGUCUACCAAAAGCGGUGAUAAAAGAAUGAUAUUCGAUGCCAUUUCUUCAGCACUUGUUCCAAAACAAGUAGCUGACAUCUUGGAUCAAGAGGAGUUUGAAUCCCGCAGAUUAUGGCAACACGUAGCCAAGGCUGUCACGGAUAGAGAUCUUGACAUGGCUACUUUAGAAAAGAGCAAAAUCGAAGAUAACCAACGCUUGGUCGUCAAGGACAGAGAAGCAACAUCACAAGUCUGGGAGCCCAGGUUUUUUUCCCCAGAUGGAGAGAAUUGGAAACCAAAGUUUAUGGAACAUAUUCCUACCGAAGCAGGCUUGGCAAAAGAGUGGCUUCGAGAGACUAUUUUCUCCAAAGCAACCACGGAUAUGCAUGUACACUUUUGGUCCAAUAAAUGAUGCCAUGAUUUUCUAUCC